AAUCACGUGACGACAUAAAUUAGCAAGAACGGAGAAGAACGGAACGCGAACGGUGUAUGUGGAGAAGCCGCUGAUCUGUACUAUCAAAAAAAGGGCAAAAACGUAAGUUUAUUUCGAUCUAUUUUGCAUUAUGCAAUUAUCUUCUCAAUAAAUAAAAUGUCAAUUGUUAAUUUUUGUCCUUUGUCCAUUCAAUCACAUAUAUAUUAAAAAAAUUAGUUCUCGGCUUGCUUUUAUUUAUUAAUUGUUAGUUUAUUUUGCCUAGUUGUUUGUAAAAGUCAGUUAUCUUUGAAACAAUACGUUUACAUGGUUGAUAUAUAGUUUACUUUGAGGAAAGUAAAAUGCAAAAUAUUGCCCCUUUGUGUUUUUCAUCGAAAGCUUUGAAAACUGACUGUGGGAAAUUCCGUCCUAUAAAUAGACUCCACGUCAUUUCAACUGGACGCGUACAAUUCUUUGUGUCAAAAGUGAGUCACAAUAUUUAGUUCCAAGUGUCUUUUAAACAGCGUUGAAGAUUGUAUCACAAUCAAUCGAAAUAUGAUGAAAUUAUUGAUUUUAAUAUCUAAGCCUACAAAUGAGGCCACGACGCUAAUCGCUGAUUGGUUAGAACAUUCUGGUGAAUCUGUCACGUGACGUUAAAGCAUAUAUAAACAAGAGGUUGAGUCGUAUUGGUGUAAGAUCGUUCCGUGGCGUUGGCUGUGUCGAGUAGUGAAUAAGAAAUGUGUUUGUAGCUGAGGGUCAAAUUUUUUUGUUGGUUUUUGUGCUGAGCUAGAUAGUCAGAAGUCGAAUACAUAGUGGUAUAUAAAUUAGCAGAAAGAAAAGUUGCGGUAUAAACAACUGAGAAAGAAUGGUUUACAGUGAUACGAAAAAGUCAAAGAUGGAUCAGUCAGGCUCGCCACCUCGCCCGAACAGUUUACUCCUGAACGUGACGAACCAAAUGAUAUUAGACGGAACCGUUCAAAGUCCACAAGAAGUAAAUAACAACCGUGUAAGGGACAAGGAGAACAACGAGUCGUUGCAAAAGAACAGCCAAAGAAAACGACGUAGACGAAGGGCUUCUGAAAGCAUGUACAAGAAAUUUAAAGAUCUGUAUGAAGCUACUGGUGAGAAUUUAGGAGAAGGUUCGUUUGGAAGCGUUCAGACAUACAAAAAUACAACGAACAACAAGGAGUAUGCUGUUAAGAUUGUGGAAAAGGCAGGACGCUCAAGAAGUAAGGUCUUGAAAGAGAUAGAAAUUUUUCAAACUUGCAAGAAUCACGAAAAUAUAUUGCAAAUGAUUGAAUAUUUUGAGGAGAGCGAUCGCUUUUAUUUAGUAUUCGAUAAAAUGGAAGGGGGAACACUAUUGGAAACAAUUGAGGCUCGCGGAACUUUAACCGAAGCUGAAGCGUCAGCCGUAGUUUCUGAUAUUGCAAGAGCCUUGGAUUUUCUACAUCGCAAGGGAAUCGCUCAUCGGGACUUGAAACCAGAAAAUAUUUUAUGCGAGCGCCGAGGUCAAUUGGUACCUGUGAGAAUCUGUGAUUUUGAUCUCGGUUCCGGUGUUUUAGCUCGUGGAGGAACAACAAAUGAAGACGUAGAAGAUGGGUGUAUGACUCCUGAAUUACAAACACCAGUUGGUUCAGCUGAGUUUAUGGCACCGGAGGUGGUUGAUGUUUGGGUAGAGAAUGCCUGGAGUUACGAUAAACGCUGUGAUUUAUGGAGUUUAGGAAUUAUACUGUAUAUCAUGCUGUGCGGGUACCCGCCGUUUUAUGCUUCAAGCUGCGGUAAGAAUGACUGUGGCUGGGAGAAAGGUUUAGCAUGCCCUACUUGUCAAUCUGAAUUAUUCAAAAGUAUUCAAGGAGGUCACUUUAAAUUUCCUCAUGAAGACUGGUGUACUGUAUCACAAGAAGCAAAGGAUCUGAUUUCUCAUCUCCUUGUAAGGGACCCACAUCGUCGUUAUACUGCGAAAGAUGUAUUGGACCAUCCGUGGAUUGCAUCAAAAGUUGCACCAGUCAAACAAUUGCAGACUCCACAUGUUCUGCAACGAAACAAUUCAAUUAAUCAAUUGGAAUUCUUUGCUGAGAAUGCAAUGGCAGCAAAUCGUAUGAUGUGGCAUCAUUAUUCAAUGUCACUAACCACGACACAUAUAUCCACAUUUUCGAACGACGUGGAAAAGAAAAAUAAUAAUUGUGAAUAUAGUGACGCUGAUUUAGGGAUGUUUGAAAUGGAAGACAUGGAUAUGGGUAUGGGAAGUUUGGGGAUUAGUGACGAAGAAGAGGGAGAUGAGGUAGAGCUAAAAGUUUUUGUCAUUGAAGAAGAAAGUGACGGAACUCCCGUAGAUGAACAAGGCUAUGUAAUGAUUGAAAAAUACAACAAAAGAAGAGAUCGCUUGGAAUCUGAAGGAGACAGCGGUUGUUCAGUAUCAUCCACCUGUACUUUACGCCCUUCUCCACCUCUACUGAAAGUGCCUUCGGCGCGAUUCUGA